AUGUCCGUCGACUUCAACACUUUGGCUCAAAACUUUACUCAAUUUUACUAUAACCAAUUUGAUACCGAUAGAAGUCAAUUGGGUAACUUAUACAGAAAUGAAUCUAUGUUGACUUUCGAAACAAGUCAAUUACAAGGUGCCAAAGACAUUGUUGAAAAAUUGGUUUCUCUGCCAUUCCAAAAAGUUCAACAUCGCAUCACCACUUUAGAUGCUCAACCGGCCUCUCCCAACGGUGAUGUCUUGGUUAUGAUCACUGGUGAUCUACUGAUCGACGAUGAACAAAACGCACAACGUUUUUCUCAAGUUUUCCAUUUGAUUCCUGACGGAAACUCUUACUAUGUGUUCAAUGAUAUCUUCCGUUUGAACUACUCCGCUUAA